AUGAGCGAGGCGGCCGCGGCGGCGGCGGCGGGAACCCGGAUAUGGAGCGUUCGGCUGGCGGGCGCAGAGGGGGAUGUGCGUGCGCGUGCGCGUGUGCCGCGUACGGCCGAGGAGCCCGAUCGGUGCUGCAGCCCCGGCUCCGCUGAGCUCAGCACGUUGAACUGCUUCGCGCCUCCCCGCUCGCAGCCCUGGGCUGCAUCAGGGCGGAGUGGGGGGUGUCAGGUGAACAGUGCUCCCUCCCAUUCUUCAGUUGGGUCCACCAACCCCGCAGCCGGCGUGGGAUUCCUGCGCUGCCAUUGCCGUUCCACCGUUCAGGCUCAGCGCCUGGUUCCCAGCCUACACCCAGGGCUUCACCAUCGCCUACGGGGAAAUGGGCCGCUCCGCUGCAAAAGAGGCCGCCGUGGUGUAGCCCGGGGUCUGCAGGGUUGUUUUGGCCCCCGGUUUCUGGGCUCUCCGCCUUCUCAGGUGGCAACGUGUUCCUCAAACCUUUGUUCCCCCAUCAGGAGCAGAUUCCCCCAGCUCCUAAGCAGCUGCAUGACAAAAAAAAAAAGUGUGUUGGCGAGACUUGUUUUAAUGGCCAGGAUUUUUGCAGGAGACGCUCCUGAUGAGAUUCGAAAAGAUCCACUAGGAAAGGAACCAGAACCCUGUCUUGGAAUCCCAGGCUUUCUAUGGUGACAAGCAGGAUGGGGACUCCCAGGGGGGACCUGGGACUUGAAGUCACUGUUGUAAAGAACUGUAUACUGCACUUGGCCCCUCAAAGUCGAUGCACUGUCUAUACUUUAUUCCCUCAGUCAUCUUUUUUCCUAAGCAUUUCCCCCUCAAUUUUGUUUAUAUACAGAGUUGUCAGUUCCAUAUCAUACUUACUUAUUCUGGGAAGUAUUAAUUUUAUAACAGUGUCAGGCCGCUAAUGCCCCAUGACUUCUAGAUGCCCAGCUACCUACUUAUAUUGAGGUCAAAGUUGUAUUCCUUGUGGUUUUAUAAUAUCCCUAUCCAGCAUUAUUCCAUUAAGAUAGCUGGCAAGAGCCC